AUGGGCGCCUAUCUCUAUGGGCGCCUAUCUCUAGGGGCGCCUAUCUCUAUGGGCGCCUAUCUCUAUGGGCGCCUAUCUCUAUGGGGGCGCCUAUCUCUAGGGGCGCCUAUCUCUAGGGGCGCCUCUCUCUAUGGGCGCUUGUCUCUAGGGGCGCCUAUCUCUAUGCGCGCCUAUCUCUAUGGGCGCCUAUCUCUAGGGGGCGCCUAUCUCUGUGGGCGCUUAUCUCUAUGGGUGCCUAUCUCUGGGGGCGCCUAUCUCUAUGGGCGCCUGGGCGCCUAUCUCUAUGGGCGCCUAUCUCUAAGGGCGCCUAUCUCUAGUGGCGCCUAUCUCUAUGGGCGCCUAUCUCUAUGGGCGCCUAUCUCUAGGGGCGCCUAUCUCUAUGGGCGCCUAUCUCUAUGGGCGCCUAUCUCUAUGGGCGCCUAUCUCUAUGGGCGCCUAUCUCUAAGGGCGCCUUUCUCUAUGGGCGCCUAUCUCUAUGGGCGCCUAUCUCUAGGGGGGCGCCUAUCUCUAGGGGCGCCUAUCUCUAUGGGCGCCUCUUUUAGGGGUGCCUGUUUCUACGGGCCCCUAUCUCUUUGGGCGCCUAUCUCUAUGGGCGCCUAUCUCUAUGGGCGCCUAUCUCUAUGGGCGCCUAUCUCUAUGGGUGCCCAUCUCUAUGGGCGCCUAUCUCUUUGGGCGCCUAUCUCUAGGGACACCAAUCUCUACGGGCGCCUAUCUCUAGGGGCGCCUAUCUCUAGCGGCGCUUACCUCUAUGGUCGUUUACCUCUACGGGCGCCUAUCUCUAGGGGCGCCUAUUCGGGCGCCUAUCUCUUUGGGCGCUUAUCUCUAGGGGUGCAUAUCUCUAGGGGCGCCUAUCUCUAUGGGCACCUCUCUUUAGGGGCGCUUGUCUCUAUGGGCCCCUAUCUCUAUGGGCGCCUAUCUUUAUGGGCGCAUAUCUCUAUGGGUGCCUUUCUCUAUGGGUGCCUAUCUCUAGGGGCACCUAUCUCUAUGGGGGCCUAUCUCUAG